AUGCAAUAAGUUUUGCUGCUUUGUAUUUGGCAACAAAAUUUGUUUUCACUGCUUGCACGCGCACGCUCCGAACCGCAUUGUUGCUUCCAUUCAUUGUCGCCACUUCGUUCUGUUACUUCUUUCUAACUAGUGUGUGUCUAGUCUUCAAAUUGUUAUUAAAAUUUUUUAGUUGUUUUAAAAUUUACUAUAUACUGAGUUUUUGAAGUAUAGAAAUAAUGGUUUUUAUGAAAAAAGCAAACAAGGGUGGAAAACCUAAUCAGAAAGCACAAGUUAAGAAGCCUUUUAAACAAGAAGAUAUAGAUAUGUCUGAUGACGAUUUUGAUGAUGACUCUGAUUCUGAUGAUAAUGAUGUUAUAGUUACUAAAACUCCUAAAGGCAAACAGUCACUUGGUGACAAGAGAGUGAGCUUCCAGAUACCUGGAAAAAAUACUCCUGCUGGAAAAAAUACUCCUGGUAAGACUCCUGUUGGUAAAAAACAAGCCACACCAGCAAAGGGUAAUUCAGUGACAAAAAAACAAGCAACUCCAGGAAAAGAAGGCUUACAAAAAUUUAAAGGAAUGGAAAAACAAAACAAAAACUCUAAAAAAGGUUCUCAACCUGAGGAAGAUGAUGAUGAUGACGACGAUGAUUCUGAUGAUGAUGAGGAGGAUGAAGAUUUUAGCUUAGGAGGUGGGCUUGGUUUAAAAAUGAAAGGUUUUGAUGAGGAUGAUGACGAUGAUGAUGAAGAUGACGACGACGAUGAGGAUGAUGACGAAGAGGAUGACGACGAUGAUGAAGAUGACGACGAUGAGGAUGAUGAUGAGGACGACGAUGAUGAAGAUGAGGAAGAAGAAAUCAAUCAAAAAAACUCUCAGAAUGGUAAAAAACAAAAACAGAAAGUUGUGCAAGCAAAGCAAACUCCUAUAAAAGCAAAUGAGAAGACUCUAAAAGGUGCACUGACACCAAAAACUGCUCAGACACCAAAGGUUGCACAAACUCCCAAAUCUAAGGAUGAUCAGACCUUAAAAAGUAUAAAAAAAGAAUCACCAGCUAACACUAAUUUGGUGGCACUGCAAGAAGAAGAAAGGCGAAAAGAAAGAGAUGCAAAACAACUGUACGUGGGUAAUUUACCCAAGGAUGUUACUAAUGAAGAAAUUAAAAAAUUUUCUCCUGAUGUACUUUCAGCCAUUAUCCACGUAAGGCCUAAAUCAACGCGUGCUUUUGCAUUCCUUCAAUUUGCUUCAGAAGAAAAAGCAGAAGAGAAUUUAAAGACCCUUAAAUCUAAACUCUUCAAAGGUGCGACUCUGAAUGUUGAUUAUGCUGGGCAUAAGAGCUCUAAACCGUCUCCUCAGCAGCUUACAUACGAUCUUAAGAGACUAUUUGUGCCUGGAUUACCCCUUGAUGUUACAGUUCACCAAGUCUCUAAAUUUUUUCCAAAAUCCCAUACAGUUUCACUGGGUCAUGGCAAUUCAUUUAGGGCAGCAACUAUUUCUUUCUCUACUGAAGAAGAUGCAACUGCAGCAUUUAAUGAGUCUAAGGAUUUAAAGAUAAAUGGUGUUAAAGUGUCCGUAUUGCAUUCCACUAAUUCAAGACUGUCCAACAAGAGAAAAAGAGGUUCCAACAAGAGGAAAAGGAAUGAUGGCAAUCCUGGCAAGAAAAUGAAGGUUAUGAAACAGGAAGACAGUGAUGAAGAAUAAAAAUGGUUCUAAGCAAUUAUGAUCGCGUCUAUCCAUGUUAGCAGUUAUGAUCAUUCUGAGUUUGUAUGUAAAAAGUCCAUAAUGCAUUAAAGUGUUUUGUUUUAUUC